GGCUGCCGCUGCUCCUCCUCCUAACUACACCGUCAGCUCGUCUUUCGGCCCUUCCCUCAUCUUCCCCCCCGCGGGAAUCCGGCGCCAAACUCAAAGCGUAAGAUGGCGACGGAAAAUCUCUUCAGCCAGGUAGUGCCGGUGCAAGUGAAGGGCCAGGGCUGCGAGGAGAGGAGAAUAAAUGUUCGUGUGAGUAUUGAGCUCCAAUCAACUUCGAAUCCAAUACAUAGGAAGGAAUUGGUUGUUCGCCUAACGGAGGAUACUGAUCCCUUUUUUCUGUAUAAUCUUGUUAUAUCUGAGGAAGAUUUUCAAAGUUUAAAACUCCAGCAGAGUCUUCUGGUAGAUUUUUCUGCUUUUCCUCAAAGAUUUAUAGACCUUCUACAGCAUUGUAUACAAGAACAAAAUAAAGAUAUCCCAAGAUUUCUGCUGCAGUUGGUUUCAUCAGGAUCCCAUCUUGAUCACACCCCUUCUUUUUUAAAUGUGAUAGAGACAAACCCAUUUAAACAUCUUACUCAUUUAUCGCUAAAAUUCUUACCAGGAAGUGAUACAGAUAUCAAGAAGUUUUUGGCAACCUGUUUGAAAUGUGUUAAGAAAGAAAAACUACAGCUGGAACAAAGACUUAGAAAGACAGAAGAGGAUCUUACUCGACAGCUCAAUUAUACCCAGCAGAACUUGUCAGAAAAGAGCAGGGAAUUGGAGAAAUUAAGAAAUGAAUGGACAUCAAAUACAGCAUCGCUAAGCAACAGGCAUACUCAGGAAUUGACGAAUGAGAAGGAGAAGUCUUUACAGAUGCAAGCACAGUAUCAACAGCAGUACGAGCAACAGAAGAAGGAACUUGAAAGCUUACAUCAGAAAACAAUCCAGCAGUUGCAAAAUAAGCUGAAGGAACUGGAAAUUACCAAUAAGGAUCUAACAGAAAGGAGAUAUAAAGGCGAUUCUGCCAUCAGAGAACUUAAAGCAAAACUGUCAGCCAUAGAAGACGAGUGUCAGAGAACAAAGCAGGAAGUUCUUGCACUGCGUCGAGAGAAUGCUACUUUAGAUGCUGAAUGCCAUGAAAAGGAGAAGCAAGUUAAUCAACUGCAGACACGAGUUGCUGUUUUGGAACAGGAGAUCAAAGACAAGGACCAGCUUGUUAUUAGGACAAAAGAAGUACUGGAUGCAACUCAAGAGCAAAAGGCAAUCCUAGAAGAAAAUACAGAAAAGAAGCAAAUUCAAGUAGAAAAGUUAGAAGCAACAUUGAAGUCAUUAUCAGCUGAACUCCUUAAGGCUAAUGAAAUUAUAAAGAAACUACAAGGAGACGUAAAAACUCUAAUGAAUAAAUUGAAGCUAAAAAAUACAGUAACAAUUCAGCAAGAAAAACUCUUGGCUGAAAGAGAAGAAAAACUGCAGAAGGAGCAAAAAGAACUGCAUGAGGCAGAAAGUUCUCUUCGAGAAAAAGAGCAAGAGGUCUGUAAGCUGCAGGAACAAUUGGAAACCACUGUACAGAAGCUGGAAGAAAGCAAGCAUCUUCUCAAAACAAAUGAAAAUGUUAUCACAUGGCUAAACAAGCAGCUGAAUGAAAUUCAGAUGACAAAGAAGCAAGAAGUGUUAGGAACAUCAUCUCCUCCUAGUAAUACCACUGCAAGAAUUGGCAUUUCACCUCACAAUAUGAUUAACAGCAGAAUCCCUUUUCUGAACUCAGGACUCAGCUAUCCUAUUUCCCCGUUGCUAGCUUUUCAAAGUUUCCCAGAUACAGCAUCUGUCAAAAGUGCCAACCAGCAAGCUUCUGGAGCAAAGGUUCAUUUCAAUAUGCCGCUUUCAGAAACACACCAAUGUUCAGAAACGCAGCCAGGACUUAAUGUUGUGACGAGUCAUUCAACAAAUAAAGAAAAUGGUGAAAACUUAGGACUGGAAGCCAAGUAUCUGAAGAAACGGGAGGACAGCAUUCCUUUGCGUGGGCUCAGCCAAAAUGCAUUUCACAAUGCUGAGCAUCUGAAGUCAUCAACAUUGAAGAAGACACACAUACCAUCCAAAUCUACACUACCUUCUAUAGCUUCUGCAUAUUUUCCUGGAUAGCAGACAGUAUACUGAUGAUGGGCAAUAUGUUUAUCAGCAAUUGUGGAUUAUAUGGUUAUCAUUUGUAUACUAUUUUAAAAGGAAUAUUGAAUGAAGUAUCAACUUUCCAGGUGAAUUCUAAUGUUUUUAAGUAUCGUAUUUUAUAUGGACAGUAUAACCUUCCCCACGAAGAUUUCUAAUGCUGUUGGUUGAAACUGGUUAUUUACUAAUUGACCAGGCCAGCAGUACAGAAAAAUAUUUUGAACAUCCAUUAUCAAAGGGACACCAAUCAGUAAGGAUUUUCUGUUUAUCUUCCAAAGCUAAUGCAUUCUUGCUGAUUUUAAAAGAUUUACUUACAAGUUUAGGAGAACGGCCAGUAUUUUUGUGGGUUUGGAGAUUGUGUAAAUGGUACCACCACAUAGUAACCCUGUGGAAGUUCAACUUGAAAGUUUGUGAUUAGUUCUUUAAGUGGCACUGUUUACAUAACAUCGAAUCACAAAAAUAUUGUAGAUAUGUUGAAGCUUGUAGGUAGUUUACAGUACUUGCUUAACUGAAGGCAGAAUAUCUAAGGAAUACUUAUAGAAGGAUGGAUGUAGCUUGGCCAUCCAUUUUAGUGGAUCAUCCAGUUAAUGUGUGAUUUGGCAUUUCAGUGAUGCCAGGAGUCUGAUGUUAGCGGGUAGAACUUCUUUCCAGUUCAACAUCAAAAUAAGCAACUUCUAGCUGUUUCUCAUCAGUCUAUAGCAUGCAUUACUUGGGCAUCACUGAGCUGAGGCCUGACCAUACAGUAUGCAUUCUAGAUUUUUUGCCAGUUUUUCUGACAUGCUUUUUAUGUACUGCUAAAGUUAAGUUUAGCUCCAUCCUGCAGAAUACUAAUACAGAUGUUUAUAGCAUUUAAUUUUUACAGUACACUGAAAAUAAAUUACUUUUUUCUAUUUGGAAAACUUUCUAUUGUAAUAUUUGAGGGUACAUUAUGAUAUUACUGAACCAGUCAUGUCAAGCUACUGUCUAGCAUUUCAGUUGAAACAGCUGGAAACUGUAAUUCUACUGCUGCUUUUCAAACAUGUUUAGUUUUUAACAUUAGAAUUACAGUAGUUGUAAAACAUUUAGAAGCUUAAGGCUAUUUUCAAUCAUGCCACUAUCCACUUUAUAAAACUGGCGUGCCUUCUCUCAGGAACAACAUGCAUACAAGUCCCAUUGAAAUGAAUAGCCAAAAUGUAGAAAUUUUAGAUAUUUAUAUUCCAGUCUUUUGGGAUAAUUGGGUUGUACUAAUAUUGUAAUUCGAUUUGAUGUGUGUUACAUUUUUUUGACAGCUGUGAUUCAGUAAUUUACAAGUUGUAAAUACAAUUGAAAUAGUUUGGGAGUUGAAUCAUUCUUUGCAGUGUAAUAUUUGCAGUGUAAAAUUUGUACAUUUGUUUAUAAUCAGAAUGCAGUGUUCAUCUCUGUAUAAAUGGUCUCAUUGUAAGUUUUCAAAUAAAAUGGAUUUCCUGACUAA